AGUUCAAAAGAGAAGAGAGAGAGGGGUGAUGAAGGAAGAACAAUGGGCACCAGUAAUAAUAAUGUUAAUAUCAAGUGUAGCAAUGGGAUCAGUGAAUGCUCUCGUUAAGAAAGUUCUUGACGUUGGUGUUAACCAUAUGAUCUUUGGUGCUUAUAGAAUGGCUAUUUCAACUCUAAUCUUGGUUCCUUUUUCUAUUAUUUGGGAGAGGAAAACAAGACCAAAGCUAACGUUCAUGCUUUUGUGCGAACAUUUCAUCAGCGGACUACUUGGGGCAAGUUUGAUGCAAUUUUUCUUUUUGCUUGGACUAUCGUAUACGUCAGCUACUGUUUCGAUGGCUCUAGUUAGCAUGUUACCUGCUAUCACUUUUGCCUUAGCCCUUGUUUUCAGGAUAGAGAACGCCCAAAACCUGAAGAGCAAAGCAGGUGUGCUCAAGGUAACGGGAACCCUAAUAUGCAUAAUGGGAGCAAUGUUCUUGACAUUUUACAAAGGCCCAGAGAUAUCAAACCAUCAUUCUCAUCCAGGAGCUACUCAAAAGAACAACAACACGUUGCAUAACAAUGGUCACGACCAAACAGAGAAAUGGUUUCUAGGCUGUGUUUAUCUGAUCAUUGGGGCAGUGUUGUUGUCUCUAUGGAUGUUGUUUCAAGGGAAAUUAAGCUUAAAAUACCCUGGAAAUAAAUACUCAAGCACUUGUCUCAUGUCACUAUUUGCAGCAUUUCAAUGUGCCAUUUUGAGUCUUUAUAAGAGUAGACAAGUCGAAGAUUGGAUAAUCCAAGAUAAAUUUGUCAUUUUCAUCAUCCUUUACGCUGGAAUAGUUGGACAAGCGAUGUCGACAGUUGUAACGGCAUGGUCUAUAAAAUUGACAGGAGCUGUUUUUGUGUCGACAUUCACUCCCGUCAGUCUGGUCGCUGCUACGUUAUUCGAUUUCCUCAUCUUACGCUCUCCUUUAUACCUCGGCAGCGUACUUGGAUCCGUAGUGACUAUAACAGGUCUCUACGUGUUUCUAUGGGGAAAGAAGAAUGAGAUAGACCAGUCUGUUUCAAAGACAUUGACCACUUCCAGUGAGAAGAUUGAAAACGAAGACCAUAUGAUAGCAAAUGAUAAGGAUAUUAAAUUGCCCGUUUGAUAUAUUCAUAUAUGUGUAUAUGUGAUGGAGAUCUGCUAUCAUAAUCGUGAUAACUGUCACUGGUGAGCUCUUUAUAUUAUAAAACUUUGAUUCACUCAAUGGAGACGCCAAGAAAUUAAAGAUAAACUCAUUGUAACGAGUUGCAUUGGUACCUUUGAUCGGAUAUAAAAAUAGAGGUUUAGCUCGUAAUAGUUUAUGUAAUUAUAUUAUUCUUCUAAAGAUUUCCCAUGUAAUAGUUUAUGUCAUUACUUAUGUUAUUUUUCUAAAGUUCCCAUGGUAGUAAGUAAAUUUUAAAGUUUGUUA